UCGCCGCUUCUGCCGCCGCUCCCGCCUUGACGCGUGCGUCGCCGCUCGUGCCGCUCAGCUCAGAGUCUGGCGAAGAUUUUUAAUCACGGCCGCUCUGCCGCGCUCCGAGGCCGGGAUCACGUCUUCUUGCACUACCCGGACGGCCGGUUUUUGCACCGAGAACCGAGCCGUGGAUGGUCUCCGGGCGGAGACCAGGAAGCCCGGGCCCGCAGCGGGAGCAGGGAGGAGGAGGAGGGCCCGACGCCUUCUCGUUCUGACCCAGAAAACAGCACCGACAGCCGGGCUCUCCGGGCACUUGCAGGCCGGCGAGUAUCUCUUGGCACCGGGCUUCGGGAGGAGGGCGGAUAACGGGCCGUUUUCAUCAGACCCGGCGCCAGAAUCCCCGGUGUCCUCCCGGAACGUUUUAAUGUCCUGAUUUAUUGAUGGAAUAAUCACCGUCCGGGGACCGGGGACCGGGGCUAGUUAGCUCCCGGCUAGCUGCUCGCUCAGCAGUCAGACGGCGGAGGCUCCGGAGGAGCGGCAGCGGCUGUCCGGUGCUUUCUAACCGGUAGCAGACCUCAUCGGAGGCCCGGGACUGACACGAUGGCUGCGGCCUUAAUCAAGGAGAUCGUGAGCCGGAAUAAGCGGCGGUACCAGGAGGACGGCUUCGACCUGGACCUCACAUAUAUAUAUCCUAAUAUCAUCGCCAUGGGUUUCCCCGCCGAGCGGCUGGAGGGAGUUUACAGGAACAACAUCGACGACGUGGUCCGGUUUUUAGACUCAAAGCACAAGAACCACUACAAGAUCUACAACCUUUGUGCCGAGCGACACUACGACGCGUCCAAGUUCAACUGUCGAGUGGCUCAGUACCCGUUUGAGGACCACAACCCCCCCCAGCUGGAGCUCAUCCGUCCGUUCUGCGAGGAUCUGGACGAGUGGCUGAGCGAGGACGAGCAGCACGUCGCCGCCAUCCACUGCAAGGCGGGCAAAGGGCGGACCGGCGUGAUGAUCUGCGCCUACCUGCUGCACCGCAACAAGUUCCAGGAAGCUCAGGAGGCGCUGGACUUCUAUGGAGAGGUCCGCACCCGCGACAAGAAGGGUGUCACCAUCCCCAGCCAGCGGCGCUACGUGGUCUACUACAGCUUCCUGCUGAGGACCCAGCUGCACUACAAGCCCGUGGCCCUGCUAUUCCACAAGAUGCUUUUUGAAACCAUCCCCAUGUUCACCGGGGGCACCUGCAACCCACAGUUCGUGGUGUAUCAGCUUAAAGUGAAGAUCCACACGUCGAACCCGGCCCACACCCGCCGCGAGGACAAGCUGAUGCUGUUUGAGUUCCUGCAGCCGCUGCCGGUCUGUGGAGACAUCAAGGUGGAAUUCUUUCACAAGCAGAACAAGAUGAUGAAGAAGGAAAAGAUGUUCCACUUUUGGAUUAACACCUUUUUCAUCCCGGGGCCCGAGGAGACGUCCGACAAGAUGGAGAACGGCAACACCGGGGCCCCCCGGGACCUCGGGACAAUGACAGGGACUGAAACCAAUGACCGAGACUUCCUGGUUCUCACGCUGACCAAGAACGACCUGGACAAGGCCAACAAGGACAAGGCCAACAGAAACUUCUCCCCGAACUUCAAGGUGAAGCUGUUCUUCACCAAGACGGUGGAAGAAGGCGCCAACUGUGACUCCAGCAGCACGCCGGCCUCGGUGACGCCGGACGUCAGCGACAACGAGCCGGAUCACUACCGCUACUCCGACACCACGGACUCAGACCCCGAGAACGAGCCUUUCGAAGACGACCACCACAAUCAGAUCACGAAAGUCUGACACGUGCGUGUGCUUGUGUUUGUGUGUGUGUGUGUGUGUGUGCGCGUGUGUGGGGAAGAACUGAUCGCUGGGACUCUGGAUUCAAAGAGCUCUAAUCAGAGGAUAAUGACCUUUACCCUCACAAACCCCCCCCACUCCCACAACCCCCUCCAGUUUUUGGGAUCUUUUACUCAAUUCACAGUUGGACAAUCAAGUGAGCAGGUGAGGGGUGGUGGAGUCGUCGACGUGGGCGGACAGUGAGACGUUGAAUGGACAGAUUUAAAGAAAAAAAAAUUAAGGAGUAAAACUUGAAUCUAAAUAAACUGAAAGACAAGUCGACUUUUUACAGACUUCAGCCGCCGUGUUUGUCGGACGAAUCCUUCAGCUGCCAAUCUUCCCUCCAUCCUUCUUUCCUUUCUCCACUCUUUGGGUAAGCUCCGUGCAGAAACGAGACUCCGUUGUGUUGACUCUUCUUUCUGUGUGCUAACGUCACAUUCGUCAGCGUGAACUAACUCUUUCUGUGAAACGAUACUGGGUUUUGUUUUGUUUUUUCCAAAGCCAUCACCAGCCCUUCUUUCAGCUCAAUGGUUUUAUUAGACAUUGGCUGUGAGCUUCAAAUUAUUUAUUGACGUUCUGACGCCACGAUUGUGAUCACUCACCAGUCAGUACUUUCUUGUUUGAAAUCAGAAUUUUUUUUUUCACCCCUGAUUGCUGUAGAAGCAGAUAAUUGGUCUUCCUGGUACAAAUACUCUGGAGCCAUGGGUUCGAUCCGUUUCGGGCCUCAGGCGGUGAGUCGGCAGGUCCAACCUGCCUGGAACCAGGUCGGACCGUUCAUUCGAGUUCUGGCUAAUCGCAGGUCAUUUGGACUAACUAUCUGAAGGACUACAGAAGAAGAACCACAGCGUUUGGACCGAUCUAGACUCACCUGGUCUGGACGCAGUUGGGACUCAUUUGGAUUUGACAUGAAUUCGCGCACAGAGAGAAGUUUCACCCCAUUGGAUGCAACAAUGGCGAAGAGAAAGCGGGAUGGUUAGCUGCGCCCGUCAGUCACUUUCAGUCAGACAUUUGAAGUCGGGACUUCCGUCUUCUUCGGUCAUCUCAUACUCUUACAGGAAUCCUACCUUUUUGUUGUACUUGUAUUAGUCUUUAAGCUACAUGCUGUGUAACCAUUCCUCUUCUGAAGCUGUAAAACACUGACGCCCUGAAGCUGUGGAUGUCUCCGGAAGCCAGGCGGGUGAACAGGGAACACUGGUGGCCUCUGAGGUCCGCAUCCUGCGUGGUUUCUUGGAUUUUUAAUGGAAGCAGAAGCUAAAUGUCUCGCUCAGAUCCAUCCAGAUCUUGCUGGAUGAAACCAGGGGUUGUGAUAAAGAAGCAACCACACCACCGAAGCUUUUUGUUUGCAGUUGUUCGGAAGCAGAGUGCUCAUUUGGACCUGGUCGGACGAUGCCUGAUCCCCGGGGUUAGCCUAUUGUGUGUCUGGUCUGUGAUGUGUUAAUGAAAGUGGCGCUUGAGAAUAGUCAGUCUGUCCACAAAUGGCUAAUCGUAUUUACUGGCUACGUUUACUUAUAUCAAGGCUUAAUUUGUAUCAAAUGAACAUUACAGAUGCUCCAAUCAACUCUAUGGAUCCCAGAUCUAAUCUGGAUCCUUACAGGAUCGAACUAACUCAAGCCAGACAAGUUUCUGCUUUCUAGUCUGUCGAAAUGUUGAGGGCCACCAAACGAAGCCGCCGUGACUGAUUGGUUCUCGGUGUGUUGGAGUCAGGCCAGGUCCUGAGAGUGGACCAGGGUCCGCUCAGAUUCAGAGUUGGGAUCUCACAGGAAGAGUGUUUCUCAGACACAUCAGUGCUCAGUAACACCCUGAAACAGUUGUCUGAAGAAGCGUGGUCAGUAUGAACCUGUUGGCCUGGCUCAAAGUCAGCAGAAGCUAUUGCUUUACCCGAGAGAUUAUGAUGGCUCUACUAGUGUUUCAGCGGUCCUCGCUGGUAUUCCUUGGGCUCCAGCAGUUGGUGAUGCUCGAUAAACCUUUGGAAACUGAAGAUCUGGUCUGAAGGAGACAUGUUUCAGGACUGUGCCGAUUCAUACACGCAUGCUCUAGUCUACUAGAGUUUGGACUACAGAUAAAACGGGGUGUGAGAGUCUGGAUGGUUCCCAGCUGUAAACUAUAGGCUGCGUUCUGUGUGAUCACUUCUCUUGGUGUUAACAGCUCAUCGUGGUGAAUCUUUCGGUGCUAAACUAGCCUGAUGUCGAGUUCCUCCAUGGUGCUUCGUUCCUUCGUCCAUUGCUCAUCGGCGAUGCUCCGUCAUUCCUGAGGCAAUCGAACUGCUACACUUCCUGUCUUUGUUCCUAUUUGGUGCUAUCGGACCGAAUGUUGAGUCCUCAUCAGAUCUGAAUUAGGUUUUGUAGGAAAUCGGUGAGGUGGAGCAAGACCUGAUGAUUUGAGCGGCUGCUGGGGACACUUCUUUAAAACACGAGUCAGGCAGACCUCCUAAGAACGAGCUCAUGUAGAUUCUUCUUUCUAUCCUACCCAAGCAGACAUACAGUUGACUGUUUUCUUUGGGUCGUUUCUGUCGGAGACGCCGUGUGAACAGUUACCAUGGAUACGAGUGUCGUUUGAACUUUUACAUCGGAUUCAUCAGGUAGAGAUCAUCUUGUCUGGAUUAUUCAAGAAGCGUAAUGGGGGUUAUGUGAACAUAAAUCCCACACAACCACCCAAAGCUUUCCCCCAUGACGUUAACAUACUGCACGAACCGUUAGCGAACCGCUGGUUCUGUUAAUUUAGCUUUCAGGCGUUCGAGGCCAUGUCGGUGCUGGAUCCUUUUUCACCAUGUAGUUGUCGGUUGUACAACCACAAACUUUCCAUUAUCAGUGUCAGGAACAUCAGAAAAUAAGCAACUAAACCAGAGUGAAGCUAUGAGGAAUCAUUCGUUUAUUGUGUUUUUUUUUAAUGGCAUUUCUUCUGCUGACUCGGCUCAAUUUCAUGUAAAGAAACCAUCAGCACAGGAACUCAUCACUUCAUUUUGUCCUUGUUAGUCAAACUAUCUUUGCUUCAGCUCUUCUGUUUACAUCGCGUCACCAAACUUGCCAAAUAAAGCUCACACGGACUUUUUUUUUUCUUCCUUUUCUUUUCUGUACAUGUUUUCCUUCCGGUGUACUCAUGUGGUUCCCUCCGCUUACAGAUGCAGGUAUAUUAGUUUCAUAUUUCAGCUUUCAGAUAUAAUCAGUGUGUGAGUCAUGUGACUGUCACAUAAACAACUGUUCUUUGGAUCCACAAGUCCGAUUGUUGCUUAAAGUCGCUCACAACAACCACGUCUGUCGGGGGGGAAAAUUGAGUCUGUCACUCAGUGGUUUAAACAAAGCGAAGACAAUAUUCUACUGGAUUCACGAGGAAAUAAAAUACUGAGGCAUUCAUGGCAAAUGUUAACAUCCGGGGUCGGUCAUCGUGACGAGGCUAGCGUCUGAAUAACUCCUCACCGAAAAAAAAAAUGUACUUCUGCUAAACUGUGAUUGGACAAUCAGUGUUUGGGGGCGGGGUUUAAAACAGGCUUCAGGUUAAAUUAGACUGAGAAAUUUGUCAGAAACCUUCAAAAAUAGUUCUCAUUAGCUGUGAUAGUCCCGAACAUUUCAGCCCCCGUGUGAUCCGGACUCUGACAGACCUGGUUCUGAAUUCAGCUGGCUUCAUUUCAGGAGAACAAAGUUUAUUUUUCAUCUGUUGUUGAUUUCAGUGAAUCAGAACUCACACUAUUAUAAACACAUGCCACUUGGUUUUAUAAUGGAAUAAAAA